AUGAACAGCAGUUGUUAUUCUUGUCUAUUACUAGUACUAGUCUUGUUGUUGGCACUCGCCACAUCCACACAAGCAUCGUUACUGAGAUGGUUUGGCGGCAACACCGCUUCGGAAGAGCCAGAGCAACACCACCGAUCGGGACGAAGUGUCCGAAGGAGUCGCAGCAGCAAACAGCUCUUUACGAAUCCCCGCAAUCACUUGGUCUCCAAUAUCAAUGUGAACGAACCAAUAGAGAACAUGGCCUGUGAAAUUCACGAACUGCUGCAACAAACAUUGACAGCAUCCAGCAGCAGCAGUGCAUCCAGGAACAAGGUAUCACUGACAGACGACCUCAGUGGUGUGCAACUGCAACGUGCCGUUGACGAAGACGCUUGCACACUCUCCGGCAAGGUUCGAUUUUCCACCCACCGCGUCAAGGGAUUACGGAGUAUCGGUUCCCACAGUAUGGAACUGAUACCUGGCAGUGAAGACUAUGAAGAAAUUCUCGACAGUCGAGGAUAUACCACUGGGUACAAGUGGAAUGGCGUGUGGAAAGUGACUGCCACAGUGGAGGCGUUCAAAGUGGAUGUGACAUCGCAAGUCGAUGUCGACGCCUGUGGCGAGCCUUUGGACUUUACCGCCUUUGGGGGCAUUGAUGUCAAUGGCACCAGCAUUACCGCCACGGUACGAGUGGAUGGCGAACUCUCCAAGGACCUGAGUCGAGGAGAUUUGCUCAUUGAAUCGGCAGAGAUUCUCUCGCAAGAUGUCAACUUUGAAUCCAUUUCCCACACGGGUGGACUGUCCAACCUCCUUCCUCUCAACUACGACAGUGAAUUCCAUUCCUUGGUCGAAUACCUCGUCACACGCAAACUGGAGCAUCCUGUCAUUACUGCAUCCGCCCAAAGAUGA